AUGGGUGCCAGUUUGACAUCUCCAUUACCGCAUCGUCCACCAACCUCGGUUUGUAACCAUCUGUUUUCACCAUCCGAUGGCCCUAUUUAUAAUACAAAGAGACAAUCCGUAUUAGUGCAAGGAUGGAAUUGGAGUCGCAAAAAUAUUCAACCUGUUGUUAGCCGAAAGCCUAAACCUAAUGAUUUGAUCAGUUCAUCAUGUUCCUCAGAUAGCAUAACAUCGUAUCGAUCACAGAACAGUGAUUUGCCAUAUUCACAUGUACCUGUUACAUUGGAUAAUAAUCAAAAUUAUAAAAGUAUUCAUAGGUAUGAGCCGGAAACGACUGUUAUUCCCAACUUCUAUAGCAUACGCGAAGAAUUGCAACGCGAAUUGCGUCUCAACAAGCAAGAUUUCGUCAAUAAUAAUCUAAUUAGUCCAGAUGGGCCACAGGCUAAAACACCUCUUAGUCCAACACAUACAAGAGCAGUCGAUUGGCAUACGAAAAACGGAAGUAAGAUAUUGUCUUCUAGCUAUGAUACUGGAAUAGUUACUCGGCUUGAACGUAAAUAUGAAGAGAAAAAGAAAUUACAUGAACCCGAAGUUAUACGAAGGAGAACUGUCAUUCAAGCUUCUACUUCUGAGCUACUUCGUGGUCUUGGACAUUUUAUUUGUCAGCACAAAGCUCCUCCUGGCUUUGAGCCUUCUCAUUUGGUUAUGUGGAUUCGGACUGUCGACAGAGCACUUCUGCUUCAAGGUUGGCAGGAUAUCGCCUUCAUUAAUCCAGCAAAUUUAGUUUUUGUUUUCAUGCUAAUCCGAGAAGUUAUCCCAGAUGAACUCUCUAUUCAAACUGAAGAAGAUUUGCGUGCAUGGGUACUCACCUGUCUGUACAUAUCCUACUCGUACAUGGGCAAUGAGAUAUCCUACCCACUCAAGCCAUUCAUUGUUGAAACGGAUCGUGAUAAGUUCUGGCAAAGAUGUGUUUCUAUAAUUUCUUCACGAAGUGCUGACAUGUUACGUCUUAAUUCAACGUCAUCAUAUUUUUCUGAAGUUUUCUCAGAGCUUAAAAAGUAUUCCAUUGAUGUCUGA